AUGAUGAGUAGAAGAGUUAUUCGAGGUGCUUCUUCCCUCUUGCCAAAACGUGCUGCUGUUGAUGGAAACAACAGCAAAAUUGCAAAUAUGGGUCCUCUUGUUCAAAACCCACUUGAAUUGAACCAAGAUGUUGCUCCACAAGGUGGUUUCCCAGCUGUAAGAGUUAGAAGAAACUCUCCAAACAAGUUUUGGUCCAUAGGAACUUUCCUCUUCAUCUCCACAGCAGUGAUGGCUUACGGUUGGUAUCGUUAUUAUAAAUGGAUCAAGAAGAGAGAUGAAUUGAAGAAGGAAAGAGAAGUUCUCGAAUUAGCUAUGACACCUUUCUUACAAGCCGAACAUGAUAUUGCUUUUACUUUACAAAGAAGAGCCUUCUUAAAGAAGGUUGAGGAAUUGAUGAAGGGAGAACCUGAAUUCAAUGCUUAUGAAAAGUUCUACAAUUCUACAACUCGUUUCCAAUAUCCAGUAUACAAUGCCCAACUUCGUCACUUCAAGGGUACUGGUCUUUUGGAAUCUGAAAAGGAAUUGAAUGCUGCCACUCAAAAGUAAUUCUAGUAAUAAUUUUAACACACAUAAUAUACACUCAAUUUUUCGAAAUGUCAUCAUCAUUUGUACAUUCGAGUUCUACCAUGAAUGGGCUUUUACUCAAACACAUUGGAAACUUAUAAAUUCUUUUAUUUAAUAUUAAA